UGAAGAUGACGGAUUCGGUGGUGGUGGAGGGGCAGGUUAAAUUGAGAGAUGGAAAAAAGUGGAAGACUAGGUGGCUGCUACUCCGUAAGCCGUCCCCCGUGGCAGACUGCCUGCUGAUGCUGGUUUUCAAGGAGAAAGCCGAUCGAACCCGGGCUCAGAAGGAGAGGAGCAGCGUCACCCUGCAGGACAUUUGCGGGCUGGACCCCGGCCUGGCCUACGAGGGCCUGAGCCACACGUUGGCCAUCAUCUGCCGUUCCCAAGUGGUCAUGCUGGGCUUCGACUGCAAGGAGGCCAUGUGGGCCUGGGACGCCCGAAUCCGCUACGCCCUGGGGGAAGUGCACAGGUUUUCCGUGUGUGUGGCUCCUGGCACGAAGCUGGACAGCGGCCCGGCCACCCUGCACCUGUGCAACGACCUGCUGGUGCUGGCCAAGGACGUGCCCCCGGCCGUCAUGGGGCACUGGAGGCUGUCAGACUUGAGGCGCUUUGGCGCUGUGCCCGAUGGCUUCAUCUUCGAAGGUGGCACCAGAUGCGGCUUCUGGGCUGGUGUCUUCUUCCUCUGCUGCCCGAACGGCGAGCAGCUCAGCUUCCUCUUCGACUGCAUCGUCCGAGGCAUCUCUCCGACCAAAGGCCCGUUUGGACUGCGGCCCGCCCUGCCAGAUGUCGACCCGACGUCGGCGGAGGAGAGAAUGGCCCACGAAACCUUGCAGCUGGAGAAGCGUCUCAGUCUCCUCUCUCAUUCCAGCCGGCCCUGCAGCGGAGGAGAUGACCGGAGCCUCUCCAGUUCGUCGUCGGACACCAGCCACUCGGACGCCGGGAGCCGGGCCGCGGCGUGGGCGGAGGCCGGAGGGUCCGCGGAGGGCCCCGGGCGAGGGGCGCCAGGGGUGGCGGUGGGCGAGGAGGACCGGGUCCGGGCCGGCCUCCUGCCGUCGAGAGCCCCUCCGGACCGGCCACUGCUGGAGUCCGGCCGGCAGGGCUCACUGGACAGUGGCAUCGCCACGGCCAGCCGUUCCUCCUACUCGGGCAGUUUCUCCUCCUGCCUGGGCAGCCUGGACUCCUGCCCCGGGCCCGGGGCCACGUCGGGGCUGGGCCCGCUGGCCUCCCCGGGCCCCGACUCGGCCUUCUGCAGCUGCCCAUCCCGCCCCUCCUGCGACUACCAAGUGCCCACCUCUUCUCGCCACCUCUACGACACCCCACGCCGGCUGCUGCCCGCCCAGGCCCCGGAGGACCCCCCGGAGGAGCCCUCCCAGACGACCCCCCGAGAUCACCCCUCCGGGCCGGGGGUCGUCGACCGGAGCCGUCCCCCACCCGGGACUCCGAGGACUCUGUUGGCGGCCUGUCCGGUCUGCGGCGGGCUCCAGGUAACCCCCCAACCCUGACCCGCGGGACCCCUGACCCCGGGAGAGGUCACCACGAGGAGAGGCGUCCAGACGACCGUCCCGAGGGGUGCGGACCACUGGGGGAGCCCGGAUUGGGCCCAGUCGGUUGU